GCCCAGUCAGAUUUGUUAUGAUUUUUUUUUGGAAAGGAGCAAUUUUGAAAUUUAUUGUCAAUUUUUGUUGUAAAUUAAGUUUUGUCAUAAUCAUCCAUCACUUUCCGCUUAUUAAUACAUUUUCAGUGAUUUGAGUUUAGGUGUCCAAACUUGGAUACUUCCAUCAGUCUCUAAUUGGGGAGAUUUUUAAGAGACAAAGCAGAAUGGCAUUUAAAUUAAGCUACAGCUUUGAAGGUAAUACUAAAACCAGACCCGAGCAAAAUUUAUCUGGCGCCAGUCGGAAACUUACCAGAGACGACCUGAUACAAAAGACUCAAGAAGAACGUCGCAAAAGACAAGAGCAAAGAUUAAAGUUACAAAGUGCAGAGCUCUUACAAUCACAUAUCCGUAGCUACCUUGUUAGGAAACAUGUCAAAGAAGAGCAGAGACAGCAAUAUAGCCGGAUAGAGAGUAGCAUUAGUGUUUCUGACAAGUUAAAAAAACUAUUAUUUUUUUACGAUCCCAGUUUAGAUUUUGAUAAACUGUUAAAAUUAUCAAAGAAUGUGCUUAGUCAGGUGAAAGAGAUUCACCAUAAAGUAAACACGGAUUCCCAAUCAGCUUGGGCACUAAAAAGAUUCUUAGUUUUAUGUAUGAAACAUUUUAACUGUGCAAACGUUGAUGUCAUGCUGAAAGUUGUUAAUGUAUUUACCGAUAAGGCGGAUAUAGUCUUCUAUUUAUUAAGAAAAGGUUACUACAGAUUCUUAAGGAACUUGUUGGACAACAGUCCCAAGGAGAGGCUACCGGAAGUAACCGCCUUAAUACACAAACCUUUAAAGUUUUUAAGUGACUUCGGUCCGAGUCAAGACACAGUACUCUCAGAAUUCUGUGACAACUUCCUGAGACCUAAGAUAACCCAUAAUAUUAAAUACUACCUUAUUCCAUAUUUAAAAGGGAAGUCUGACUCUCUGUAUUAUGAUAAACUCAUAAGGUAUUUAAGCAGCAGUUAUUAUAUUACAGCGAGCAAUAGCUUGUUUUAUUGCAUGUUAGCACUGGAACCUACAGAUUAUGAACCAACCUAUGACACUAUCCACAUUCUUUCACUCUUAAGUAAAGACUUGCACACCUUAAGGCCGGGAUUAGAUCUCACAGAUGAUGACGACUAUGACGAAGAUGACGAUAUAGAAAUGACCGAUGAAAAGGUCUUGCUUUCCGAUUAUUUAAACAUCAUGAACGGCUCUAAUAAAGUUAAGAAAUGGCUUAACUUUUUCGAGGCGAACUCUGACGACCAAUCGGUGCUCAAGUGUUUCGUGAAUUUUGCUCAGAACUUAUUGUUAGUUUAUAAGGAUUCGAUCAGAAAGUUUUUGUUGCUUUAUAAAUUGGGCCUGAAUAGUAUUUUCCUGAAAAAGCUGUGGUCAACCAUAUCAAAAAGUCAACCGGCGGACUUGCAGAUUAACGGGGCGUCUUUAUUGUCUUGGAAAGACUGCCACACUAACCUCUCAGUGUUCUGUGAUAUGUUUACUUUUUAUACCGAAACUCUUACUGAUAAGGAAAAUUCUGACACAAGCGAAACUUUUACGCCAAACGAUUUACAUUCGAUGUCAUCACUUUUAAAAGGAGUCGCUUUAGAUCUGAUUGAAGUGGCUUUUCCUAUGUGCCGAGCAAGUUCAAUUUCAGCGACCCCGGAAAUUUCCCAUUUAUAUCAGUCGUAUUUGGAUUGCCUGAAAAUGCUCUACACUUUGGAUAUGAGGAAGCAGUUUUGCCCUCCGGGAUUCUGGACCGCGAGGAAAAUGCACGUUUCGCACGAUUUGGCGAAGAAAAACUACUUAAGCAAACGGAGUUUCCCUUUCGGAAGUCAUCCACCAUUCAUAGACGAUGAUGAGCAUCUGCCACCUUUGUCGACCAUAGAGCAAAGAUCCUUAGCGAUUUUACAAGAACUUCCGUUUUUGAUACCGUUUAAUACGAGAGUGCAAUUGUUGAGGGAUUUAUGCAGGUACAGCCUGGGCGAAAAUGAUUAUCAAAGGAUGCACCACGAACGUAUGUUCGACAACACCGUAGUUAUAAGAAGGAAUUAUUUGUAUGAAGACGCGUUUGAGAAAAUAUCUACGAAAAGCGAGACCGACCUAAAGCAUAGAGUAAGAAUCCAAUUCAUAAACAACAUAGGGCUCGAAGAAGCCGGCAUAGAUGGCGGUGGGAUCUUUAAGGAGUUUAUCAACGAAGUGCUUAAAACCGCUUUUGAUCCGAACAGGGGUUUUUUCCUAAUGACCGCGGACAAUACUCUUUACCCGAACCCGAACGUGCAUCUGAUCGUAGAGAACUUUGCCGAGCACUAUCAUUUUAUAGGAAAACUUGUUGGAAAGGCGAUUUUUGAAAACAUUUUGGUGGACCUUCCUAUAGCGGAAUUUUUUCUAGCUAAACUUUUAGUUGACCGAGCCAGCGCUUGCUACUUGAAAUCACUGGACCCGGUACUUUACAGAAAUCUGCUCUAUCUUAGAGAUUAUAACGGUGACGUCAGCGAUCUCGGUCUCGAUUUUACCACCGUGAAUAACGAUUUAGGAGAAACCAGGGUUAUGGAACUGAAACCGGACGGCAGAAACAUUCCAGUAACCAACGAAAACCGUUUGGAGUACAUCCAAAAAUUAGCCGAUUUAAAAUUAAAUGUUCAACUUAAAAAGCAGUGUAUCGCUUUUAGGAACGGACUUAAUAGCGUUGUACCGCUGCUUUGGUUAAAACUGUUCAACCAUAAGGAGCUGCAGGUGAUUAUAGGGGGCGAUAAUCAGGAGGUGGACCUUAACGAUUUGAGAGCUCACACGGUUUAUUCCGGGGAUUUUACUGCUGAGCAUCCCACUAUUCUUAUGUUUUGGCGGAUUCUUUACGAAUUUACGGACGUGCAAAAACGACAGUUGUUGAAGUUUGUCACUAGUUGCUCAAGGCCUCCGCUACUUGGUUUUAAGGAACUAAACCCUCAGUUUUGUAUUCAGUCCUCUGGAGUGGAGCAUCGGAUGCCAACCGCGAGUACCUGUAUAAACUUACUAAAAUUACCGAUAAUAUACGAAGAGGAAGUGUUACGAUCAAAACUGGUAUCCGCGAUUGAAAUACAAGCAGGUUUCGAAUUAUCUUAGACAAUUCUUAUGUGAGAUUUUUUAUUUUGUUUUAUUAGUUUUAAAUCUUUAUUUAUUAUUGUUUAUAUAGAAACCUGCUGUAUUCUGGAUACACUUGUUACUGUUAUUAUAUUUAUAUCUCUUCUAGAGAUGGACGCAUGUUUUUUUUUAAUAGUUAAUUUUUUAUUUUUAUUUAAGAUGUGUGUACAUUUUGUCAGAUCGAAAUAAAUAAUAUGUUGUAGAAAGUCA